AUUCACAGAGAAAAUGCUUCGAUCGGAACAAAGGAGAAUGGAAUAGUCGAACAACAGAAACUCCGGAUCCGAACAUGGUCUAGAUUGAAGCCAUCAUUGUCACCAGGCUAUGUGCCAACUUAGACGAGCCAAGCCGGUUAAUGAGAUGCAGAUGCGCCUGCCAAGGGGACGCCUCUUCCGCGUGAUUUUGAGACGAAGCAUAAUUUCCUCUAUGGAUUGGAUAAAGGUUUCGUGUAACCACAACCCCAGCCGUGCAUUGACGGCCAGGAAGAGCAACCAUCACCCGAAGACAAGAUCUCAGAUACAUGGCCACUCAUCUCUUGCCAAAGCCGAUGUAGUACUCGGCUAUGUUUGCCUGUUCUAUCAGACAAGAACAUCUCAGGUCACAGAGGCUUCCAUCCCCAGAUAUUGCCCUUGGCUCCAAGCCUUGGGGGGUAGCCUUGAUCUUGGCGUCAUAGCCUGUGAUGAGUUUGCAUCCGAGUACAACACACCAAGAUGUAUGGAAAGAAGAGGCAGGUACGGAGCGAUGCGAGCCUACAGGCCCCCCUUUCAAGAGCGUUCGAUGGUUUUGCUGUAGGUUUGUGCGGCGUUGUCAUAUUGAAGAGGAACCUCGCACUGCUCCCCUCCUGCAAGAAAAUGUCGGUACCGUCGAAUAUACUAGUUACGUGAGUCACAAACACCUGUCAAAUGCUAUAUGAGUC